AUGUGCCGCAUCGACUCGUGCUUCGAACCAGCUGGCAUCACCGGACUGUGCAGUGAGAGUUUUCAGGUUGUGAGACAGAAGCUGAUCAGCGUUUCGGAAGAAGACGACAGGUGUGGCUUUGAGCUUCACCUCGAGCUUCCCAUCGAAGAACUUACCGGUGGAGGUUCUUGCUCUCGUCCUCCAAACAUGGACCCUCCUCCAUUGGCCCCAAAGAACUGCUGGAAGAAUUGCGCCUCGGCAGGUGCCAGCAGCAGCAGAAGCUGUGCUACAAAGAGCAGCACCAGUGAGGGGAAAGCUUUCGACAUGGUCCUUGUCUAUCUGUCUCGUUGCCAGAGGAGGAGCACGUUGGUGGAGGCUCUUGUGGGGUUUCGCCCGGUCGUGUCCAGCGUGGAAGGAUGGAAAGGGUCCGUCUUCCGAGAAUGUGGCUACCAAACCCUGGAAUUUUUCCAAAAAGAAAGAAAAGGUUAA